UCCCGCCCCGGACUCUGGCUCCGGCUCCGGUUGCACUUUGCAACUCCUCUGCCGCCGCUGCCAGCCCGCCGGGAACUCAGGUGGCUGGUUUCGAUGUCUUAGUCCCGGGGCGCCCGGGCCGACUCGGCUGCGCUGCGCGCCCCCUGCGCGCGGAGUCAUGAGGGCGCAGCGGGCUCUGCAGGUGCUGGGCUUCCUCCUCAGCCUGGCCCGGGGCUCCGAGGUGGGCAACUCGCAGUCAGUGUGUCCCGGGACUUUGAAUGGUCUGAGUGUGACCGGCGAUGCUGAGAACCAAUACCAGACGCUGCACAAGCAGUACGAGAGGUGUGAGGUGGUGAUGGGGAACCUGGAGAUUGUGCUCACAGGACACAACGCUGACCUCUCCUUCCUGCAGUGGAUUCGAGAAGUGACCGGCUAUGUCCUUGUGGCCAUGAACGAGUUCUCCACGCUGCCCCUGCCCAACCUCCGCGUGGUGCGGGGCACCCAGGUGUACGACGGGAAGUUUGCCAUCUUCGUCAUGUUGAACUACAACACCAACUCCAGCCACGCUCUGCGCCAGCUCGGCUUCACCCAGCUCACAGAGAUUCUGUCAGGGGGCGUGUAUAUUGAGAAGAAUGAUAAGCUCUGUCACAUGGACACCAUUGACUGGAGGGACAUCGUGAGGGACCGAGACGCCGAGAUCGUGGUGAAGGACAAUGGCAGGAGCUGUGAGCCGUGUCAUGAGGUCUGCAAGGGGCGAUGCUGGGGUCCCGGACCAAAAGACUGCCAGACAUUGACCAAGACCAUCUGUGCGCCUCAGUGUAAUGGUCACUGCUUCGGGCCCGACCCCAACCAGUGCUGCCAUGAUGAGUGUGCAGGGGGCUGCUCAGGCCCUCAGGACACCGACUGCUUUGCCUGCCGGCUCUUCAAUGACAGUGGAGCCUGUGUACGCCAGUGUCCACAGCCUCUUGUCUACAACAAGCUGACUUUCCAGCUGGAACCCAAUCCUCACACCAAGUAUCAGUAUGGAGGAGUUUGUGUAGCCAGCUGUCCCCACAACUUCGUGGUGGAUCAGACGUCGUGUGUCAGGGCCUGUCCUCCUGACAAGAUGGAAGUGGAUAAAAACGGACUCAAGAUAUGUGAACCUUGUGGGGGGCUGUGCCCCAAAGCUUGUGAGGGGACCGGCUCGGGGAGCCGAUACCAGACUGUGGACUCGAGCAACAUUGAUGGAUUUGUGAACUGCACCAAGAUCCUGGGCAACCUGGACUUUCUCAUCACUGGCCUCAAUGGAGACCCUUGGCACAAGAUCCCUGCCUUGGACCCUGAGAAGCUCAAUGUCUUCCGGACAGUACGGGAGAUCACUGGCUACCUGAACAUUCAGUCCUGGCCUCCCCACAUGCACAACUUUAGUGUCUUUUCCAACCUGACGACCAUCGGGGGCAGAAGCCUCUACAACCGGGGCUUCUCAUUGUUGAUCAUGAAGAACUUGAACAUAACAUCUCUGGGCUUCCGAUCCUUGAAAGAAAUAAGUGCUGGGCGUAUCUACAUAAGUGCCAAUCGGCAGCUCUGCUACCACCAUUCUCUUAACUGGACCAGGCUGCUUCGAGGGCCUUCUGAAGAGAGACUAGACAUCAAGCAUAACCGGCUCCGCAGAGACUGCGUGGCAGAGGGCAAGGUGUGUGACCCACUCUGCUCUGGGGGAUGCUGGGGCCCAGGCCCUGGGCAGUGCCUAUCCUGUCGAAACUACAGCCGAGGAGGUGUCUGUGUGACCCACUGCAACUUUCUAAAUGGGGAGCCUCGUGAGUUUGCCCACGAGGCUGAAUGCUUCCCCUGCCACCCGGAAUGCCAGCCCAUGGAGGGCACUGCCACAUGCAAUGGCUCGGGCUCUGAUGCUUGUGCCCAGUGUGCCCAUUUUCGAGAUGGGCCCCACUGUGUGAGCAGCUGCCCCUCUGGAGUGCUGGGUGCCAAGGGCCCCAUCUACAAGUUCCCAGAUGCUCAGAAUGAAUGUCGGCCCUGCCAUGAGAACUGCACCCGGGGGUGUAAUGGGCCUGACCUGCAGGACUGUUUAGGCCAAACACAGGCGAUGAUCAGCAAAACGCACUUGGCGAUGGCUUUGACAGUGGUAGUAGGAUUGCUAGUGAUUUUCGUCAUCCUGGGCAGCACUAUCCUCUAUUUGCGUGGGCGUCGGAUUCAGAAUAAGAGGGCUAUGAGGCGCUACUUGGAACGGGGUGAGAGCAUAGAGCCUCUGGAUCCCAGUGAGAAGGCUAACAAAGUCUUGGCGAGAGUCUUCAAGGAGACAGAGCUGAGGAAGCUUAAAGUACUUGGCUCAGGCGUCUUUGGAACCGUGCACAAGGGCGUGUGGAUUCCUGAGGGCGAAUCAAUAAAGAUCCCAGUCUGCAUUAAAGUCAUUGAGGAUAAGAGUGGACGGCAAAGUUUUCAAGCUGUGACGGAUCAUAUGCUGGCCAUUGGCAGCCUAGACCACGCUCACAUUGUACGGCUGCUGGGACUGUGCCCAGGGUCAUCUCUGCAGCUUGUCACUCAAUACUUGCCUCUGGGAUCCCUGCUGGAUCAUGUGAGACAGCACCGGGGGUCCCUGGGGCCACAGUUGCUGCUCAAUUGGGGAGUACAAAUUGCCAAGGGUAUGUACUACCUUGAGGAGCAUGGUAUGGUUCAUAGGAACUUGGCUGCCCGAAAUGUGCUACUCAAGUCAACCAGUCAGGUCCAGGUGGCAGAUUUUGGGGUGGCUGACCUGCUGCCCCCUGAUGAUAAACAGCUACUACACAGUGAGGCCAAGACUCCAAUUAAGUGGAUGGCCCUCGAGAGUAUCCACUUUGGGAAAUACACACACCAGAGUGACGUCUGGAGCUACGGUGUGACGGUUUGGGAGCUGAUGACUUUUGGGGCAGAGCCCUAUGCAGGGCUGCGGUUGGCUGAAGUACCAGACCUGCUGGAGAAGGGGGAGCGGUUGGCACAGCCCCAGAUCUGUACCAUUGAUGUCUACAUGGUCAUGGUCAAGUGUUGGAUGAUUGAUGAGAACAUUCGCCCAACCUUUAAAGAACUAGCCAAUGAGUUCACCAGGAUGGCCCGAGACCCACCGCGGUAUCUGGUCAUAAAGAGAGAGAGUGGACCUGGAAUUCCCCCUGGGGCGGAGCCACCUGCUCUGACAAACAAGGAACUGGAGGAAGUAGAGCUGGAGCCAGAACUAGACCUAGACCUGGACUUGGAGGCAGAGGAGGACAACCUGGCGACAACCCUAGGCUCUGCCCUCAGCCUGCCAGUUGGAACGCUUACUUGGCCACGUGGGAGCCAGAGCCUUACAAGUCCAUCAUCUGGAUAUAUGCCUAUGAACCAGAGUAAUCUUGGGGAAGCUUGCCAGGAGCCUAUAGUUUGUGGGGGUGAACGGUGCCCCCGUCCAGCCUCUCUGCACCCAAUGCCACGGGGACGCCUGGUAUCAGAGUCAUCUGAGGGCCACGUGACAGGCUCUGAAGCUGAGCUCCAGGAGAAGGUGUCCAUGUGUAGAAGCCGGAGCCGGAGCCCGCGGCCACGUGGAGACAGUGCCUACCAUUCCCAGCGCCAUAGCCUGCUUACUCCUGUCACCCCACUCUCCCCACCAGGGUUAGAGGAAGAGGAUGUGAAUGGUUAUGUCAUGCCAGAUGCACACCUCAAAGCUAGCCUCUCUUCUCCACCCCUAGGUACUCCAUCCUCUCGGGAAGGCACCCUUUCUUCUGUGGGUCUCAGUUCUGUCCUGGGCACCGAAGAAGAAGAUGAAGAUGAGGAGUAUGAAUACAUGAACCGGAGGAGAAGGCACAGUCCACCUCGUCCCCCAAGGCCAGGUUCCCUCGAGGAGCUGGGUUAUGAGUACAUGGAUGUGGGAUCAGACCUCAGUGCUUCCCUGGGCAGCACACAGAGUUGCCCACUCCACCCUGUGCCCAUCAUACCUACUCCUGGCACAACUCCUGACGAGGACUAUGAAUAUAUGAAUAAGCGACGUGGAGGAGGAGGUGCUGGGGGGGAUUAUGCAGCCAUGGGGGCCUGCCCAGCAGCUGAACAAGGGUAUGAAGAGAUGAAAGCCUUCCAGGGGCCUGGACACCAUGCUCCCCAAGUCCAUUAUACCCGCCUCAAAACUCUACGCAGCUUAGAAGCCACCGACUCUGCCUUUGACAACCCGGAUUACUGGCAUAGCAGGCUUUUCCCCAAGGCUAAUGCCCAGAGAACAUAACCCCUGCUCCCUGAGGUACUCCGGGAGCAGUUGAUGGCAGCUAGUGCCUCUAGAGGGUACCCCUCUUCUCCCAAGUCCCCAUCCCUCCCUCACAGGUCUCAGUCCCAUUUCCCCUCCGGUCUAGACAAUUCCAUCCAACCUUUGGAGGCUUUGAAACACUCGGACAAAGUUCUUGUGGCAUGUAGCUGGCUGUGCACUUUCUUCACUUUCCCAAUCCCCGGGAAGUAGAAGGUUUCCCCUGUUUUGUGUGCUUUCCCAAUCCCAUUCCUCCAACUUUCUCAGGGGAACUCCCUGGAGAUAUGAAGGAUUACUCCCUUACAUCCCGUACCCAUUUGAUGACUCCAGUAUCAUGUCCCUUUCUCUCAGACUCUAACUUGUUGGGACUAGGCUUUAAAGUGUGCUUUUGUUUCCCAUCAGACUCCUAAGGCAAAGAAAAAGGGCCAAACCUGGCAGGGGAAAGUAAAAUUUUGGCUAUGAGCAAGCCCCUGGAAAGAAUGGGAAAUUUUAAAUCAUGUGAAGGAAGUUCAGGAGUAGGUAUUCAUGAUUGCUGUUAAUUGAGCAUUUAUUUUUGUGCCAGACAGUGUGCUAAACUUGACCUGCAUUUUCUCAAUCCAUAUACCGAUUCUGUGAACUAGUUCAUAGUUCCUCACAAAUAAGGAACUGAGCCUUAAGAGAGAUUACAUGGCAGGUCCAGGAUUCAAAAUCUUCCCAGAUGUGUGUGCUCUUACUGUAAGGUAUCAAGGAAAACAGGCACAAACCAGAGCCCAUAUAAGGGGCAUUGUCUUCUUGUUUUUGCACUGAAUUAAGUCUAACCCCGACAACCACAGCCUCCUACACCCAGACUUCUCAUCUCAGGCAGGGGGUGGUCAGAAGGAAAUGUAACUGGACAUUUUUGUGUAAACCAUAACUUACAUGUGCUGUAAAGGAUCUCCACUUCUUACCCAAGGGACAGAUUUCACAAGGGUCCCAAGAGCCACUUUUAGAAGUGUUCUCACCCAAUAAUGGGGAGCUUCUGAUUGGGAUAGAAAGAGGAUCCACCUUCAGACCUCUCCCAUUGGGUGGGAAAUGGGGAUAUUUGUUCUAUCACUGAAGUUUUUUGUUUUGUUUUUAUACGUGUCUGAAUAAAGAUGCCAAAGUUUUUCAGC